AUGGCGAGCGCGACGGAAGCGCAGGUCCGCGAGGCGUGCGCGGCGCUCCUCCCCGGGCUCGAUCUCGAGGCUGUCACGGAGAGGCAGGUCGUGCACAUGGUCGAAGCGCGCCUCGGCGUGCUCCUCGGAGAGAAAGGAUCGGACCUGAGAAACGCGGUGCAAGGCGCGAUCGACGCGUUCCUGCUCGCCGCGCCGGACGACAAGGCGGCGGCCGCGGCGGGAGGCGGCGGCGGCGCGGCGGCGGCGGCGGCGGCGGCGGGCGCGGUCCCGCCGAACGCGCGGAAGCGCUCGCGGCCGGCGUCCGCGAAAGGCUUCGUCGUGGACGACGAGGAGGAGGAGGACGACGGCGAGUGGAACGGCGACGACGAACCGGAGUGGGACGGCGAAGAGACGGACGAGGGCGAGGACGACGCUCCGGAGAAGCCGAAGAAGGCGAAGACGAAGGAGGAGCGGAUGAACGCGGCGAGGGACAAGUGGGCCGCGCCCGCGCCCGUCGCGACGGCGGCGACGGCGACGGCGACGACGGCGACGACGACGAUGACCGCGACGACGACGACGACGACAGCUGGCGCCGACGCGAGACCGUCGAGCUCGGCGGUCGACGAGUCGAAGCUCCUCGUCGCGCUGUCGCUCCAACCGGACGGAUCCACCGCGAAAGAGCUCGCGAGUUUCCUGAAGCUCGACAAGUCCGCGGUGAACGGCGCGCUGUACCGGCUGCAGAGCGCGGGGAAAGCGUCGAAGACGGAGACGGGCGGCGCGCCGACGUGGAGGUCGAACUCCGCCGCCCCUCCCGCCGCCCCCGCGCCGGUUGACGUUCCGUCUUCCGCGCCCGCGCCCACCGCCGCGGCGCCCCCCCCGUCGUCGAUCUCCCCGCCGGAUAAGGACGCCGUCGACGGGCAGAUAUGCGCGCUGUCGAGGCAGAAGCGGCUCGUCGUCGGCGAGUACCGCGGACGCAAAAACGUGAGCCUGCGCGAGUACUACGAAAAAGACGGCAAGUGGCUUCCCGGGAAGAAGGGCAUCUCGCUCGCGCCGGAGCAGUGGAGCAUCCUGCGGGAUAGCAUUCAGGGCGUGAACGCGCGCGUCGCCGCGGUGAGCGACGGUUCGUAUCCCCAGGGCGGGGACGAGUGCGUCGUGAAGUUGAACCCAAACGGAAGUCGAAGGGUCACGGUGGGGACGUUUCGAAACGCGACGAUGGUCGGCGUGAGGGAGUUUUACGAGAAGGACGGGAAGUGGCUGCCGGGGAUGAAAGGGAUCUCGAUGCCGACGGAGCAGUGGGAGCAGGUCGUGAAGCACGCGGGGAAGGUGGACGAGGCCCUGGGGGGCGCGUGA